CCUGCUUCGGCCCCUCUCCGCGCCCCGCAGCCUCGGUCAGGGCCCCAAGGAGAGCUUUGUCCCACUAGCCAGGCAGGGCAGGCCAGGACACUCUGCCCGCCCCAGGGCCUCACUCUGGCCCGCCUGGGGAGCUGUCUGCCCAGAGCCCCAGGAUGGCCGGCCUCCCUCCCUGCCUCCGUGGCCUCUGGGGCCCGACCUGGGGAAGCAACACUGGACGGGUAGGCGCCCCGGAGCAGUCAGGAUUUGGAUGGACAUCCCUCACAGAAGCCACUGCGUUCACUCGAGACAUGUACUGAACCCCCAUUUUGUGCCCAGCCAGCUUCUUAGCAUCAAGGAGACCGCGGGAAAACCUUGAGGUCGUGCGGUCUCGGGACCUGGGGAAUGCUCUAGAGAAGGCUCAAGCGGAGAAAGGAGAAGGGACCGGCCUGCGGGCAGCCGCGACGCGGUGCGGCUCAACGGCGACGUGGUCACGGCGCCCGCCUUCGGCCGCCUGCUGGACUUCAUGUACGAGGGCCGCCUGGACCUGCGCAGCCUGCCGGUGGAGGACGUCCUGGCCGCCGCCGGCUACCUGCACAUGCACGACGUCGUCGAGGUCUGCAGGGGCAGGCUCAGGGACGGGGGCCGCGCGCUGCACCGGGGGGCCCCCGCCGCCCCGGCCGAGCCGCCAGGCCAGCCCCCGCGCCCCCAGCCCCCGCGGGCCCCGGAGCUCUGCCCGGCCGCGCAGAAGGCCAGGCCGCCCCGGGCUGGGGUCGGCGCCCUCCCUGCGCCAGCGCCCGGGCGCCCGCCCUGGCCGGCCCCCGGGGACUCAGACCGGGCCCUGGACCUGUCACUGAAGCCGAGCCCCGGGCGGGAGCCAGUCCCUCCACCCUGUGUCCUUCAGACCCCCCCCUGCAGCCAGAUGCGACACUGCGUGCAGCGACUAGUGAGGGACUCGCGGGACUCGCUGUCGGAACCGGAGGACGGCAGCGGCCCUCGCAGCCCCCCCAGCCCCCCGCAGCCCCGCUGUGCUCCUGCGGCCAAGCGCCGGGCAGUGGGCGUGGAGCCGCUGCGGGGGGGCGGGGCGGGCGGCGGGGAGCGGGAGCUGGAUGCGGAGCGGGGGGCCGGCGGGCACCUCUGCGUCUGCCCGCUGUGCAGCAAGCUGUUCCCCAGCGCCCACGUGCUGCAGCUGCACCUCGGUGCCCACUUCCGCGAGCCGGACGGCGCCCGGGCGCGCCUGUCGCCCGACGGCCCAGUGCCCACCUGCCCGCUGUGCGGGAAGACCUUCUCCUGCACGUACACGCUCAAGAGGCACGAGCGCACGCACUCGGGCGAGAAGCCCUACACGUGCGCGCAGUGCGGUAAGAGCUUCCAGUACUCGCACAACCUGAGCCGCCACGCCGUGGUGCACACGCGCGAGAAGCCGCACGCCUGCCGCUGGUGCGAGCGCCGCUUCACGCAGUCCGGGGACCUCUACCGCCACGUCCGAAAAUUCCACUGCGGCCUGGUCAAGUCCCUGCUGCUCCAGGGGGUGUCCCAAGGGCCCUGUCCCAAGGGCUCCCGCCCAGCCUCCUUGGCCCGAGGACGUUCUGCAGUCCUCUCAGCGGGGGCUUUCCUGACCCUCACUGACUCACGCGGGCAUACCCUGGUGAGCCUGGCCCCAGGCUUGGUAGAGAAUGAACACACCACAGAAGUUGUCAGCGUGUCCCGAAAACGGCACUUGGAUGGAACAGGCCCCUCCUGGUGGGUGGCCUCAGGAGCCUCCGCGGGAGGCCCUGGGCCCAGGGCGUGCAGGCGGGGGACUCAGGGCACAGCUGGUGUGGCGGGGCUGCAGAAGCAGAACCAGCCAGACGCUGAAGGGCUCUUGAGUUCCAGGUGCUGGGGUGGGAGGUGGGUCCUCCAGAGCUUCUGAUCCUGACCACACUGUAACUCGGUCGGAGAGAGGGAGUCACAAUUUGGAUAUGAUUCUCUUUAGAUGCAGAGAGCCUCCCCGAGGUUGCCGGCUAUCUGCCUGCAGGCGAGGGCCGUGCUGCUUCCCUGCCUGGGCCCGGGGUCCAGGGCGCGUCUGAGCAUCCCCUGGGUGGGGCCCGGAGGGGCCUUGAGUAUCGCCAGCUGCUACCGGGCUGCUGUGGGGCUCACCCUGAGGUCACCGGUUUGCCUGCUCAGGGUCUCCCCGGAGUGCCGGUCGUUUACGGAGCACUGAGCUGGGGGCCAGAAGCUGCUCUCUCUACUAGGGGCGAUGUUUGCAGGCUUUCCCUUCCCUCCAGUGGGGCCUAGGUGGAAGCUGCCAUCGAACAGGGAGGGGACAAGCACCUGCUGGGCUGGGGGCAUAGCCCCCCACUGUCACCCACAGCUCCUGGACCCCGAAAGACCUCUGCAUUUGCAGUUGGUGGGGGUCACCCAGCAAAUCUUGCUGCCAGAAUCUCCGUGAUGAUGGCAAGGGGCGAGGGCAGGCGGGGGCUUGCCCCUGCUUCUGGGGGUCCUGCACGUGGCAGAGCCCCCUGGACUCCUGAUGUCCACUGACUGGAGGCAUUAGGACAGAGUCCAGCCAAGCUUAAGUUAUUUUCUCGUCUCCUGGCAACACUUGAUGUCGUAUUUAUUUGUCUGCCCGGUCUGGAGUGAAACGACCGGUGGCCUUCACAGCAGGCGGGCAGAAGGGGCCGUCUCCCUGCACACCCUCGGCUCUCCGGCUGUGCGGGCAGCCCACCGUGCGGUGCAGGGCCUCUCCUGGUGCUUGGGACUCCGAGGCCCUGGCCUGGAUGCAGACCACACAGCACACCGGGCAAGGGGCCCCCUGCUUGUGAUCAUCCUGGCUCUGGGCCCCGCACCUCUGGAAGGGUUACCUCACGCUCCGUGUCACCUCCUCCAUGAUCAGGUUUCCGUGUGUGUGUGUGUGUGCGUGCACGCGCAUGUGCGUGUGUCUAGUAAAUGGCGAGGCCGAGCCAUACCCACAGCGCCGCCGGCGGCCCUGGUUUUCCCCAGGGGUUCCAUGGGGGAAGGAACUUACUUUCCUGUCCUGACUUAUCGACACUGGAUUCAUUGUCUUCUGCAAACAGUUACUGUGAAGUUAAUGUAAAGACAAGUGGUUAGUUUUUAAUGUGAUAACCAACACAGUUCAGACGAAAUCUCUAUAUAUUUAACACACAAUUGUGUGGGAAUGUGUAGUAAAGGGGCGUGUGGAUGCCGUCCCAGGGGAGCCUGCUGUGUUGGGUCCUCCUGGGCCCGUCCCGCCGCCUCCCCGCGGCCUCAUCUGCUCUGCCCCGGGGGUGGGCUGCGCCCAGUGACCCAGAGGACGGUGGUUUGUGCUUAGCGUCUGGCGGGAGGUUUUGUUUGCCAUGACAGUCGGAAGCCAGAGCUGUCCUCCUGUGUGCCCAUCAUCGUCUUCAUGCUCACAGUGCUAAUAAAGUCUGCCCCAGGUGGAGAUGGCCGGGGUUAUUCCUGGGGA